CGUGUGCGCGUACGAGUUGUUUGACUGUGUUGGGGUUUAGAUGGAUUCGCUUAUACAGGGAAAGAGAGACCUCAAAGCCGUUUUCCUCGGUCGUUCGAUACGCGCGCGCGCGAAACGAAUCGACUUCAUCCAUAGUAUCGUCACAGUUCUCGUCGGAGACGUUCGUGAUUUUGCACCCUUGUUCAAGUCACAAUCUGCCGAACUAUAUGACGAGGGUACACCACGGUUUCCUUUCUCAUUUCCCUUCGUCUCUACUUCUAUCUUCGCCUCUCUCUUCCUCUAGCUCUCUUUCUUUUAUUAAAUCCUCCUUCGCUGCUUCUUCCCUUCUCUUUACCAUCGUUUCUGCCGUCACGCCGAAACACCUUCAAUUAAUUUUCAUCCGAGCAUCGUCGCCCGUUUUCAUCUUCACGCGCCCGAGCCUCGGCUCGUCAGCUCGUUUCUGCGAUCCUUUCGUCCUCCUCCUCGUCUCGUUCGUCGGCACGUCGUUGUCAUCUCGUUCGCACCCUAUUUGGGACACUGUUCAGAGCUCGAUCUUUGAUUCUCCUUGGAUAAGACAGAUGGUAAUUAUGACUCGCGAGUGUUGUACGAUACUGGAGUGACCAGUAAGCAACAGACUGAUUUUACGUCAUUUCCUGUUGUCAUUCCACCCUGUUACUCGGUGGCAUUUGUUUUCUGUUUGCGAUGCGACCAACCACGGAAUCGUGUGUGAACGAUAUCCAGGAGACGACAUCGCAGAGCAGGCCGGAUUAGGGGGUACAUCGAUCAUCAAAAGCGUCAAGGAAAAAUCACGCAACGUCUCUUUCGAGUAUACUCUGCAUUUCCUUCUUCCUUCCCUGCUCUCUCUCUCUCUCUCUCUCUCUCUCUCUCUCUCUCUCUCUCUCUCUCUCUCUCUCUUUCUCGCUGUUCCUUGCCUCUCGUUUUCUCGCUUCCCUGCCGAAUUUUCCGCCCUCCAUCCCGUAUUCCUGACUCUUUUCCUCGCUUUCGCUUUCCCUCUUGACUUUCUUACCCGCUUGGUGGUGAAACACGUCGCAGUGGCACGAUCGUCAUCGACGAAAAAAGAAGAAUCUAUAUACUGUACCGCGACACACAUUCGAGUUCGCGCUCAGUCAAUAGCAGCUGCAUCCUUUGAAAUUUCAAAAGAGCCACGAACACGAGAGCUGUCCACGACGAUUUGUGGAUCGAGCAUGAAAAUCGAGCGGAAGAAAACUGCCUUAUAACCGUGAUACGAUGCUGCUGCGAGGAUUUUGAAGGAGAAGAACCUUAUCUACCUAACCGGCGAGCAAGCAGUAUAUCAUGAUCGUUCCCCGUACCCUUGUUGUUUAUUGUUAUCAACCGAAGGAACGUGCAUGAGUCGUCGAACCACUCGAGAGCUGGCGAAGGCGAAAGAAAGCAGAAACGAAAGAAAACGGAAACAGAAGUGGGCACACACGUACACGCGCACACACACGCACGCACACACACACACAAACACACACAGCUCUGCUGCGUAGGAACCGCAACGAUGAAACGUACAAAUUUCGGUGAGCCGAGGAACCAAAGAUUCCAAUGAUACCUUCGCAAGGUGGCCGUGAGGGAUAUAAAGGUUCUGCCAACCCUCCGAGCAACGGCUCCGAGGACAAUGGCUUCGCUAAUCGACCUCGAGUGGCGGGCCUUUACGCGACGAAUCUCUUCAGAGAAGAGCUCGUUCGAUUCUCAUCGUCAGGAGAGACCACUCGAUCUCACGGUCCCGCGCGGGAUAUACUCGAGAGAUCGCCGCGAGAGAUUGGCAGCCAGAGAAGUUUAAAUCUGCCCGCGGGCAUCGCCGAGGAGUUCGAGCUGUUGGACCGCUCGAGGAUCGGGAUAUCGAGAACGCCUCAGCCGUUGAGAAGAGGCGAGGCCUCGGCCGCUGCUCGUUACGAGCUCCGAUCCAGAUUCGACGAGUCCACCGCCAGGCGAAGAGAUCGUUAUGGAUCGCCUGUCGAGAGAAUCGGCGGUAGGGGACACGAGCAACAGGGAGAGUACGCGUCCAGCACCGUUCGAGGAUCCCUCCUCGAGUUCCCACGGUCCGAGCAGACGAUAUGGAUGGAGGAGCCGGAUGUCGACGAUUCUAAGAUACAUGUUUCAACUGGCGAUCUUGCUGGGAGGAGAGAACCGGACGAUAGCUCGACGUUUGCCACAACAUCCGCCUCGAUACUCAUAUCGCCGGCGAGCGAGACCAGCGAGUGCGACGCGAUCUCGCCGCCAGAGGUGGAGAAAUCAUCACCGCCACCGUAUGCGGGCCUCAGCCCGCCAGAGUACACCGGCCACGAGUACGAGAACAGCGAGACACCGUCGCCGAUCUUCCCGAAUUAUCCGUUGACCUCGUACGCGGAGGAAACGCGGCGUCACAGGCGUUCGAGAUCGUCCGUCUCGAACGGCGAGCUCGAGCUCGCGCUGCGCGGCGAACGUUUGAAGAGCGAGGAUCGAUUCGAGUCGGAACCGGAGGAGGAGACCGGCGGCCGAUCGGGACGAACCGAGCGUCAAGAAACGAAUCCGGAGAAAACAGCCGGAGAAAACGAAGAGGCAACGAGAACCGCCAGGGACGUCGCGAGGCUACGACCGCCUCUGACAGCGGCGGCUGGCGCCUCGGCCGAUUCUGGGACCGGUGAUUCCGGAAGCGCGGAGAUCCAAGUCGAUCCGCUCGGUACUCCCAGAACGGCCACCGCCGGUGAAAUUUUAGACGAAAGGGACGGCGGUGACGACGGCCAGGCCGCUUGUAAAUCGUCGAUUAAAACGCCCACCGGGAACAACAAGCAGACGGUGAAACUCUUCACGAAGGAGAGCCUCGACAGGUUGGAGAACAGGACCGUGCAGCUCGUUAGAGAUUAUGGCUUUCAGCCGAAAAGGCGAAUGUCAGUGGAGGACGGUGCGGUGCUUCCAAACAAGUACGAACCGUUUCCAACCGAACUCUACGGCAGGCCUCUCGAGGAGAUCGACAAUUUCAUCUACGACGAGACGUUUUGCGUAGUGUCGAAAAGGUUUCGUAAAAAUUACAUUCACCGAUUCACGGCGACAAACAGCUGGUUCAUAUUUUCCCCAUGGAAUCCCAUAAGGCGGUACUGUAUUUACUUAAGCACGAACCAGUACUUCGAUUACAUAGUCAUGGCUACGAUAAUAUUAAAUUGUGCCUUCCUCGCCAUGACGGAAACUAUCGAGGAAGCCGAAUAUAUAUUCCUAGCGAUAUACACGGCCGAAAUGGUGAUCAAGUCGAUAGCCAAGGGAUUCGUGCUCAAUAAAUACACUUAUUUGCGAAAUCCGUGGAACUGGCUGGAUUUCGUGGUGAUCACCAGCGGUUAUGCGACCAUAGGGAUGGAAGUAGGAAAUUUAGCUGGGUUGAGGACAUUCCGAGUGUUGAGAGCUCUCAAAACUGUUUCGAUCAUGCCUGGCUUAAAAACCAUCAUCAACGCAUUGUUACAUAGUUUUAAGCAACUUGCCGAAGUAAUGACGCUCACGAUCUUUUGCCUGAUGGUUUUUGCACUUUUUGCUCUACAAGUCUACAUGGGCGAACUGCGGAAUAAAUGUGUGAAGAAGAAUUUGGAAUUAAACAACACGCAAGUCGAUUGGAGAGAGUGGACUUGGAACUCGUCCAACUGGGCAUUCGACGAAGACGAAGAGCCAAUAAUUUGCGGUAACGCGACUGGCGCCAGACACUGCAACGAAAGUUACAUCUGCCUUUGCGUUGGCCCGAAUCCAAACCACGGGUAUACAAAUUUCGACAAUUUUCUGUGGUCGAUGCUCACCACGUUUCAGUUGAUUACUCUGGAUUAUUGGGAAGACGUCUACAAUAAGGUAUUGUCGGCGUGCGGACCUAUCAGCGUCUCGUUCUUCACGGUGGUCGUGUUUUUCGGCUCGUUUUACCUGAUCAACUUGAUGCUCGCUGUCGUCGCGCUGAGCUACGAGGAGGAAGCCGAGAUUACAAACGAGGAACGAAGGAAAGACUUAACCGACCAUCGCGAGGACUCGACGUUUAGUUUCGACCCGACAAAGAUCAAUGUGAAGACGCUUGCCAAAGAGAAGCAGAAGAAGUUAGACGCGAGGAAAGGAGUUCUUCUUAGUAGUUACACGCGCAAGAAAACACGGAGACGAAGACGUGGGAGAAGCACUGCCGGUUCUGCUUCGUCUGGACAGGAUAAAAGUGGCUCUGUGCCAAGCAGGUCGGUGACACCAAGCCCGAACCCGAGUCCAAGACACUCGACCGUUCGACCGUCUCAUUUACUUCUGCAAAAUGUCAGUCCACGAACCGCGGAGAACAACGGGGUUCACCGAUUGGCGCCGAAUCGCGGGAUGCUUCAUUCCCGACAAGCAAGUAACAACAGCAAUCAACAGUCAUCGUUGGACGACUCGGGUGUUGUCGACGACCACGACGGCGACGACGUCACGUCUGUGGAGGAGCAUGAUCGACGCGACAACAAAGAGUCGAGGGCCAAUUGGCAGGAGAGGACACCUGCUAGCAACAACGCCGACGUCAGUGUUGAAACGAACGCCGGUGGAGCGAAAAAUGAAGUGAACAAUGAAAUGGACGUCGACAACGAACGAGAAAAGUCGCAGGCGACCCAUUCCGGCGGAUAUCUUCGAGCGCCCACGAACGUUCCUGUUUCACUUGCUGGUGGAACUGCUAGAGAGAUUCGAGUGUUUAAAUGCAACGGUGUGAAAACGAAGAAGCAGAUGUACACCUUGCCACCAGAGUAUUUGUCGCACAUUGUUAUUUUAGAUGGUCUUCCGGAUAGAAACUGUGAAAAAUGCAUCCAAUGCUGUAUAGAUUACGAGGGUUGGCUGCGAUUUCAGAAUUGUUUGUACAAGGUAGUGAGAGAUCCGCUAUUCGAGUUGACGAUCACGCUGUGCAUCGUCCUGAACACCGGCUUCCUGGCGAUGGAGCAUCACGGGAUGAGCGAGUCGAUACGACAGGCGCUCAACAUCGGUAAUAAAGUGUUUACCAGUAUCUUCACCUUCGAAUGCUUGCUGAAGCUGUUGGCGCUGAGCAAAGAUUUCUUCGCCAACGGAUGGAACAAUUUCGAUUUGAUAAUAGUGUCAGCGUCUCUGAUAGAUCUUACCUUCGAGCUGGUAGACGGCCUCUCCGUGAUACGCGGACUGAGGCUUCUGCGUGUGUUAAAACUGGCACAGUCCUGGACCACGAUGAAGGUUCUACUGAGCAUUAUCAUUUCGACGAUCGGCGCCCUUGGCAACCUCACCUUAGUCCUGGUGAUUGUGAUCUAUAUAUUCGCCGUGAUCGGCAUGCAGUUGUUCAGUAAGGACUACACGUUGGACAAGUUUUACCCGGACCCGGUACCACGGUGGAACUUCAACGAUUUCUUUCACUCGUUCAUGAUGAUAUUUCGCAUACUGUGCGGCGAAUGGAUCGAGCCGCUGUGGGAUUGCAUGCGGGCCGAGCAGGAGGACGGCCCCGAGGCUUGCUUCGCCAUAUUUUUACCGGCGCUCGUCAUGGGUAAUUUCAUGGUGUUGAAUCUUUUCCUCGCCUUGCUGCUCAACAGCUUCAACUCGGAGGAGUUGAAGCAGAAGAAGGAGGAGGUCGGCGAGGAGUCGAAGCUCGCGAGGUCGUUCGAUCGGAUCCGUUCGAUCAUACGGAAGAACAAAUGCUCGCGGCUGACGCAGGCCAGAGGAGGCAAGGGGAGAGAUCCACGUUUCGAGAAGAUCGUGCGGCGCGUGAUGGACCGAUCCGACAACGAGACUAAAUACGCCAUUCAAGAGACUGUACUCAGCCUUCCAACGGACAACGUUUACAACAGAUCCUACCAAGAAAGUUUAAAUCAGCCCGUUUUUACUUACGACCCGGUGUACUCUCAGUCUCAGACGGAGGAGCAAUGGGAGAAGGAGGGCGAGAAAGACGACGGUUCGCCCAGCGACGAGAACAAUUACUCGAGCGAGGCGAAGGAGAUCGAAGCGAACGAGAGCAAGGAGGAGGAGUGUCGAGAUGCGCCGGAGGUUGCGAAAGGCUCGUCCUCGAGCAAAGCAGCCGCGGAGGAGAGCGUCGCGAUGCUGCCUCAGAGGGAUCCGUUCCCUGCCCGACACGAGGAUCGGGUGCCGAAACGACCUUGGCACGCGCUCGUCAGCUACGUGGACGAGCUGACGGUCGGCGGGAGGAGGGACAGCAAAGGGAAAUACAUCGACGGCAUGGGCUCUUUCCCGGGAUUUGGAAGGAGCAACCGGCGCAAAGAGCCGCAAGACUGCUUUCCACGACAGUGUUAUCAGAAGUGUACCUGCAUCGAUCGGUGUAUCGCGACGGCCAUCGGCAAAAAGUGGAUCAAAAUGCGAACGAUGAUACUCUCGGUCGUCGAUACGCCCGGGUUCGAAUGGAUGAUCCUAGUUUUAAUUUUCGCAUCUUCCAUAACCCUCUGUUUCGAGGAUAUUUAUCUAGACGAUAACCCGUUUCUGAAGAAGAUCCUCUAUUGGACCAAUCUCGGCUUCUGCGCGCUCUUCAGCAUCGAGAUGCUGCUCAAGUGGUUAGCUCUGGGUUUCUGCAAAUAUUUCACCAGUUUUUGGACAAUCUUGGAUUUUAUAAUUGUCUUUGUGUCGACGUUUAGUCUGUUGAUAGAGGAGAACGAAAAUUUGAAAGUGCUGAGGUCGCUGAGAACUCUGCGAGCACUGAGACCACUGAGAGCGAUAUCGAGAUGGCAAGGCAUGAGGAUCGUAGUGAACGCGUUGAUGUAUGCGAUACCUAGUAUAUUCAACGUGCUCCUCGUCUGUCUCGUGUUCUGGCUGAUAUUUUCUAUUAUGGGUGUGCAAUUUUUCGGCGGCAAGUUUUUCAAAUGCGUCGACGAGUACGGCGAAUUGUUGGACAUAUCGAUCGUAAACACGAAAGACGACUGUCUGAGGAAGAACUACUCCUGGGAGAACAGUAAAAUCACGUUCGAUCACGUGGGGAUCGCUUACCUGGCCCUGUUUCAAGUAGCCACGUUCGAAGGGUGGAUGGAGGUGAUGCAGGACGCGGUGGACGCGAGAGGCGUCGACCUUCAGCCUCAGAGAGAAGCGAACAUCUACGCAUAUUUCUACUUUGUGAUAUUUAUCGUUUGCGGCUCCUUUUUUACACUGAACCUCUUUAUCGGAGUAAUUAUAGACAACUUUAACAUGUUGAAGAAAAAGUACGAAGGUGGGGUGCUAGAAAUGUUUUUGACCGAAAGUCAAAAACACUACUACACUGCCAUGAAAAAACUCGGCCGUAAAAAGCCGCAGAAAGUGAUAAAGCGUCCGAUGAAUCAAAUCCUCGCAAUGUUUUACGACCUAUCGAAUUCACGCAGAUUCGAAAUAGCAAUUUUCAUUUUGAUAUUCCUCAACAUGCUGACGAUGGGGAUCGAGCAUUACGAUCAGCCUCAUCCGAUCUUCUUCGUUCUCGAAGUGUCGAACGCAUUUUUCACGACCGUUUUCGGUCUAGAGGCGAUCGUGAAGAUAAUUGGGCUCCGUUAUCACUAUUUCACGGUGCCGUGGAACUUGUUCGAUUUCCUCCUCGUGCUGGCCUCGAUAUUAGGAAUAUUAAUGGAGGACAUUAUGGUAGACUUUCCGGUGUCCCCGACGCUCCUGCGAGUCGUGAGAGUGUUCAGAAUCGGUCGAAUCUUAAGGCUGAUAAAGGCAGCCAAAGGUAUUCGUAAACUGCUGUUCGCACUGGUGGUUAGUCUUCCGGCGCUGUUCAACAUCGGCGCCCUGUUAGCUCUAAUUACUUUCAUUUAUGCCAUUAUCGGCAUGUCGGUCUUUGGUCACGUUAAAAAGCAAGGCGCACUCGACGACAUGGUAAAUUUCGAAACGUUUGGUAGAAGCAUGCAAUUACUGUUUCGAUUAAUGACAUCGGCCGGUUGGAACGAUGUGUUAGAGUCGUUGAUGGUGCAACCGCCGGAUUGCGAUCCGACGCCGACCAGUCGGCAGAUGAACGGGAACUGCGGAUACCCUCUCCUGGCGAUAACAUAUUUCACUUCUUUCAUCAUAAUCAGCUACAUGAUUGUUAUCAACAUGUACAUUGCCAUUAUCCUCGAGAACUUUAAUCAGGCACAUCAGGAAGAGGAGAUCGGUAUUGUCGAGGAUGAUUUAGAGAUGUUUUACAUACGAUGGUCCAAGUACGAUCCGCACGCGACACAGUUCAUAAAUUUCUCGCAGUUAAGCGAUUUCAUAGCAAGCCUGGACCCGCCAUUGGGAAUCUCCAAGCCCAAUAUGGUUGCGCUAGUUAGUUUCAAUCUUCCUAUCGCAAAGGGUAAUAAGAUUCAUUGUCUGGACAUUCUGCACGCACUUGUCAAGCACGUCCUCGGACACGUAGAGGAGUCUGAAGACUUUCGAAAGCUGCAGGAACAGAUGGACAUUAAGUUUAAGAAACAGUUCCCCACGCGUAAAGAGCUUGAGAUCGUCUCCUCGACGAGAAUGUGGAAACGCCAGGACAAAGCAGCCAGGUUGAUUCAACGCACGAUCAGAGAAUACAUAACGGCGAAGAAGGAACGCGAAAGAAUGGCACAAGAAGUGGACUCGCAGACACAAACGUCGAGUCCUGGUGCUGGGAACGAGGGUAGGGGCGGGGGUGGAUGGAGUGGCAAAGUAUCGGCUUUUCUACAUGUUCAUAGAGGUAGCCGAGCCAGUAGUCGCAAGUCCUCGAGGGCCAGCGACGCCAGCGAUUUCAGCGAGCUCGGUACAGCUUCGGCGUGGCUUUUUCCAAACUUACCUCUGCUGUUGCUCUCCGGCGCCACCGGUACUCACGAGGACCUGCCUCCUCCCGCUCUGACCGUAUCCCGUCCCUCGCCGACUGCGGAACAGCAAUCGUUUACCGGUUCCUCUGUUGCUUCUGCCACUUCCUCUGAUCUACACACUAGAUCGUCGAUCGGGGGUCCGACACUCGGCCGACAAAACGCCGUUGAAAGUUAUCCCGACGAGGAAGUCCCCAGUCUUCCUACGAAGCGCAGGUCACUCCCGCCAAGCGCUACGACACUCUCUCUGAACACCUUGCAUCGCGAUAUCAAAGAAGCGUUUAGCAGACGUUGCGGUAGCCUCCGAAAGAAACAGCAACAACCAUCACCUGAACCAGCUCCGCUGCCAAUCGAAUCUACCGAUGUAAGCAUACUCGUUACAGAACCCAGUCCAGAGAACUCGGCACCGCCUUCGAGACCGGCGCUGCUCAGACGACAAUCCGCCGCCACGGUCGUUCACGUCCUCGUUCACAGAGAGAGCGAAGAGUAUCGAGACACGCAACCCGACAAUGCCAGUUGAUCUUAGAUCGUCACGCCCCGAGAUCCUUCCGAAAUCAGUUUUGAACGAGAGAGGCUAGGCUGAAAGCCAUCGAUAUAUUUGCUUGUUAUCGCGUUACAGUGGCCCCGAUUCCCUCUCCUCUCCCCCUUUCUUUGACGCUGUUGCCUUAUCAUCGUUACCAUCUGAUACUCUUGCUGUUUCAUUGUAAUAAGUAUAUCUCGGAGAAAGAGACGUUUCAAUGAAAUUAUUUCCCCCAACAGUUUUCAAUGAUAAUUAAACUUUUAUCGAAAGAUAUUUAGUACUUUACGCAGUUUUCUUUUACAGAAAAAAGAAAAAAAAAAGGAAAAAAAAAAUAAUAUUCUUACGAUACUUUUCGAUCCUAAUGAAUAACAAUAGUCUAUUUUUAGUAAUCAAUUUACUCGCAACGAGCUUAAAUCUUUUUUCUUACGCAAUAGACACGUUGAUAGAAGAUAUAGUUCAGGUAGUUCGAUUGACUUGAUAUAUUACUCGAAACUCGCAUUCUUCUUACCAUAAUUAAGGGCGAUUGGACCAAUUUAGUGAAAUAUAUACUUAAAUUCCGAUCCCUUCUUCAAAUUGAAUCAUUAAACACGAUCUACUUGUUACAAAGAGAAAUGAGUAAUAAUUACGUGAACAAAAGAAUAAUACUGCCUUAAAUAGCAUAGUGUUUUGAUUUGUAAUUACUUUGAAGGAAGAAACAAAAAAAAAAAAGGACAAAAAAGAGAGGGAAAGAGAAGAUGGAAGGAGGAAAUUUUUAAAACGAUCGUGCCAUUAGCCAAGUAGCUGUUGUUUUCUCCUUUUUUUCUUUACACGUUUUAAAGAAAC